GCAUUUCCUUUAAUCAAAAGUGCAACUGGAUUUCCUUGGAAGUGUGUUGUGGUGCUGGUUUUUCUCAGGUGUCAGGAAUGUCUUCUGAGCCCACUUCAUCUGCUUCUGAGCAGUCCCCCUCUUCUCCACCCUCACCAAGUUCUCUCCGUCUGCCUGAAAGCCGCAGGACAAGAGAUCGCUCCCCAUCUCCCAUGAGAGGGUACCUCAUCCCUAGUCCUCUGCCCACCCGACGGACCAGGACUUUUUCAGCAACUGUGAGAGCUUCUGAGGGUCCCAUCUAUAAAGGAGUCUGUAAAUGCUUCUGUCGCUCCAAAGGCCAUGGCUUCAUUACCCCUGCAGAUGGAGGGCCGGACAUCUUUGUACACAUUUCUGAUAUUGAAGGCGAAUAUGUUCCCGUGGCAGGCGAUGAAGUCACCUACAAGAUGUGCACCAUUCCCCCUAAGAAUGAGAAGCUUCAGGCUGUGGAAGUGGUCAUUACCCAUUUAGCUCCUGGAACCAAACAUGAGACCUGGUCGGGGCACGUCAUCAGUUCCUAAGGUAUUCGGUGUGGAGCGCUGCCGCUGCGGACACUACGCGUGCGGGGAACUGCACGACAACUGACUUCCGAUGAAUCUGACCUAUCAAUAUUCUACGUAUUGUGUUGGAAGAAAUACUAGAUUGUCAAUAGGGCAGAAGUAGGCCAAAAUUGCUGUUUUUACAGCUGGCUUGAUACUUAAAAAAGAAAACAGUUCAAAAGUUAAUGAAGAAAAUCUAUCUCUAUAUAUGUAUUAAUGCGUUUACAAAACUAUAUUUUAAAGAGACCUAGUUUGUGUGCUUUUGGGGGGCGGAGGGGUUGUUCUCUUUUGUUUUUUUUUGUUUUUUUUUUUUUAACCUUGUGAACUGAUUCCAGUAAAUGCCCAAGCGAAUUAGGGAGAGAUUUGAAUGAGCAAUGGCAGUAGUGAGAGACACGGCUCAGAGGUGCUGUAGGUGCAUGAGCGCUCCGUUCCCUUGAGCGGCAUUUCUGUGGGUGAUAGAACAUGCUGCCUUAUUGCUGGUAACAGUGCCUGCGCGCAUUGGCGAGAGAGAGAGAUUCAUUGCUGCAAUUUGUUUUCAUCACGGAAGGACGUUCCCAAUGCGAGUAACUGCCUCACAACAGAAAAUCUCUGUCUAGUUGUUAUGCUCUGACAGUUCUGACAGCAACAACUGGUUACCCUUCAGGUGCAACGUUUUCAGAUUACAUGUCUGCAUAUGUGUGGAAGAUUAUGGUUUUUUUAGAACCUGGAUUGUUUGUGAAUUUACUUUGGUGCCUUGAUGGUUGAUUAGCAACAGAUUUUAUAGGCCAGUACUUAAAAAUCAUUAUAAAAACAAAACAAAAAAAACCCAAAAAACAACGCUUGGUUGCUUCAAGCUAAGCAGUAGAAAGCAGCAGAGUGGUGAAUACCUAAUAGCCUCUGACUAUGGUAGAAUUUACACAGAUCUGAAGAUCGCCAUUGAUUGCAUAUAGUUGGUGCAUGUCUGCCUCUAUAGUUUCACUUGGAGAAGGGGGGGGCAAGAUAACUGUAUUUCUGAAAAGCAAGUUAUCUGCUGUUCAGAUCACUGCGUGUAAAAUGCUGUGCGAGUUAUUCAGUAGGUUCAGCUGUCCUGUUGAAGUAGAUUCUGCAGCUGUGUUUCCUGAAAAGCUUGUUUGGUAGGAUGUGCUAGGAUCACCCUUGCUGUGACUCUCUUCUCUGCCUGCAAGAUUCCAUGUAGUCAAACCAGUGCAACUGCUCUUAGUUCUGCUCCUACUUGCCUCCCAUACAUUUUUUUCCAAAUGAAGCGUUUUUCUCUAUUAUGUUCCUAACAGUGGAUUUUUAUUGACUUUGCAAAUAAAAAAAAAAAAAGUUGGCAUGAAACUCUCUUCUCUUAGUUGCAUGGAACAGUAUAAUUAUUUCAGUUGCCUGUUCGCAAUAUUAACAAUCAGCUCUUGCAACGUCAUGAAAUAUCUUAAGACUCUCUUUCACAGCAGAAGACUGUGUUCCAAGAAGGUCUACUUUGUGGAGAGCACAGAUGUAUGAAGGUAAUCAUUGUCAUGGUUUAUUUUACCUUAAAGCGUGUUGGUAUUACAUGAUAGGGGUUUGUUUGUUUGUUUGUUUGUUUUUACACCAUAAGACUUACUAGUGGUGGGUUUAACACUACCUGGCUUGUGGAGUAUCACACACACUGCUUCCUUUACAAUAAAUGCUAACAUUAUAAUGCUUUAAGAGGUGUGUUUUCAGUCUGCUCGCCACAUAUUCUGCACUGAAGAUGAUUAGCACUAAAGAUGUCAGCAGCCGUAG